CGCUAAUUCACCCGCACUGCUCUCAAGCAGAUUUCAUCGGUCCUUGGUCACCUUCUUUUUCGAGAGCAUAGCUCCGUAAUGUUGUAUUAGGCCAUGCAUGAUGGUGCUGUGUCUAAAGUUGCUACAUUCAUUGGAAUUGGUUCAAUCCUUCUAUAUCUAUCCUUAGCGUAUCGCUAUAGGCUGCCUGGCUUAGCCUCUGCUCUUCAGCAUCCGCUGAUAAGAGGGAGUACAAAAAUGGCCUCUGUAGAUUUGAGUUGGCAUCCUCCUGCUGCGAGCUGGAUAACAGACCUGACUGAGGUUGUCAAUGGGACUGGGGUUCAUGGCUUCAUCUUCAACUCCAGCUCUUUGCCUGCCAAUGUCCCCUAUGCAACAUAUAACUGGUGCAAUAUGCCACAUGUUAGGCGCGAAGAAUAUGUUGUACCGAGUGUUGAUUAUCAGCUGGAAUAUGUCGAACUGAUCCAUCGUCACCAUAAACGCACGCCAUACGCGUCGAACACUUUUCCACAAGAAUCCUAUCCUUGGUACUGCUCAGACGAAGGCUUAUUCUACUACGGCCAACCUCUGAAUCCAGCUUCCGAGAGUGCUGCAUCCACAUUCUGGCAAGUUUACACCACAAAUAGCAACCCUCUUACCCCAGCUGGCUUCAACGGGACUUGUCAAUUUCCUCAGAUCACGCGGGAAGGGCUGCAGGACUCUUACCAACAUGGGAAAGAUCUCUUCGGAGUAUAUCACGACUUACUUAAAUUCAUUCCCAGCGAGAAGGACGACACCGUCAGUUACCGAGUGACUAACAAUGUGAUCACGAGUCAAGUUGCUGGGAUGGUGAUUAGCGCCAUGUACCCUUCUCCUCAGCCAUUUCCCGUGCAGAUCCAGCCGGAUAGUAUUGACUCACUGGAGCCAGCAUACACAUGUACAGCGGCGACGGCGUUAAUGGGUAACUAUGCCUCAGGAAGCAACAAUACCAACUGGACCUUGCAUCUCAGCGCUACUGAAGGUCUGUUUUCGGAACUGGAUGCAAUUUCUGGCGUCAGUCCGGAUAAUGGAGGCUUUCACAUGAGUUGGGACCAUUACUACGACAAUCUUUCCGCGCGCCAAUGUCAUAGCAAACCAUUGCCUUGCAACAUCUCUAACCAUAAUCUAUGCGUUACGCAGCAACAGGCAGAUGCAGUAUAUCGCCUAGGCCAGUACGAAUACUCCUACAUCUACCGCCUCGCCCCGCAGUCCCUGCCUUAUGCAGUAGCUUCAUUCGGGAUAUGGGCCGCUGAACUGGUCCAGAACAUCCGAGAUGCGAUCUCAGCAUCCAGCAGCAUGAAGUAUAGGCACAAUGUCGCCCAUGAUGGUUCAGUCUCUCGACUUUUGAGCAUUUUGCAAAUUGAUGACAUGGUCUGGCCAGGUAUGGGCUCAGAGGUCGUAUUUGAGAUUUGGAAGAAGGCAAAUGACGGAAAGCGCUACUUGCGUGUGCUGUGGGGUGGCGAGGUUCUAAGGAGUAGCAAUCCAACACUCGGAAUCAUGGACAUGAUAGAUCUGGAUAUUUUCUUCUCGUAUAUUGAUGGUCUGGUCGGACGGGGUGCAUCGAAGGUUCCGAAUCUGUGCGAAGUAUCGUAAAUGAAGUUGGUAGUGAAUGUAAUGAUGAAUAAUAAAGAGUUUUGAUAGAAUGUCU